AAGCAAGCCAACCAAGCAAACAAACAAACCCUUGAGUGGCUGGAUAUGAGCAGCAGCGGUGGCGGCGGCGUGCGAGCGAUGGAGGAUAUGGAAGGCGAAGCUGACCACAGUCAGGGCUUCUCCGGGUGCUGGCAGGGCGUGGACAUCUCUGGUGCGGGGUUCUUCGCUGCAGUGCUCGUGUUUUUGAUGCUGAUCCUGUUCCCCGUGGCCAUGGGCACAGACCAGUGGGCAUCAUCCGACGCCGUCAACAUGGGCCUCUUCCAGUACUGCGACACCAGAUGUCAACAAUAUGUGGACAACCGAUUCCCACCCACAGGCCAGAACGACUUGAACCUUGUCACCACGACAGAGGCGUGUGCUGCCUUCAUCGGGCUUGCCAUUACGGCGUCCUUCUUCGCCAUGGUACAGAUUGUGUUUGGACUGGGCCGCACAGGCUAUGACCGCACCGUCUUCCGCGCAGCCGUCUGUGCCUACUUUGCAGCCGGGUGCGGUAUCCUGGCGACGAUCAUUUUCGGGGCGCUGGUGAAUGAGCUGCCAUCGUCGUACGCGGUGGGCUACUCGUUCAACGUGAAUGUCGCUGCCUGGAUCAUCAGCGCCAUUGCGGGCAUGCUGCUCAACAUCGACUCCCGCAACAUCAGCUACGUCGACCCAGCCAUCGCCGUCCACACCGGCGGCCGCCAGAUGAUUUGAGGCUGCGCGUUGUCACCACCGCCACAACACCACGUCCAAUCUCCAUCAUCCAAGCAGUGCUGGUCGCUGUUCCCCAUUUGCAACCAACACACACACACACACACAACCCCGCAGCCUGUUUUUCCUUCCACUGGCGCGUGUGCUGACUCGUGCUUCCUCCAACCACCCCAUCCUCUCCUCCCUUACCCAUUUCUCCUCCCCACAAGCACACACACGCACUCAAAGCGCAACAACGCCACCCUCUGUCUUGUCUCCUUCAUCAUCACCACCACCAUCAUCAUCAUCAUCAUCAUCAUCUUCGUUGCUGCGGCUGUUGCUUGGUCAACAGCUGCCUGUUCCCUUCAUCACCAUCCCAUCUUCGUUGCUGCUGCUGCUGCUUCUUCUUCUUCUUCUUCUUCUUCUUCUUUCAGUAGACCGCUCACACACAGCACCCUCCACCACCCCCCCCCCCCCCCAUCGCUGCUGUCUUCGUGCUGGUGAGAUGUCACAUCACAAUCCUUACCCCGUUUUGUUGCAGUGUUACACCCCCCCCCCCAUUUCUUAUCACACGCAGUUGUACCGCUUUGCGUUUCUUCUUACUUGGACUUCGCUGAUGUACUGGUGUGCUGCGACACCAGCCAUCGUGUCAUGUCAUGUCACAUGUCUUGGUUCGUUGCAAUUGAUUAAGAACACUCUAAAGAACCCCAUACAAACACGC